GCAGCCGCGAAAUUCCACACCACCAGCUUGGCCGCGAUGUCCAAGGUGCCCAUGACUGUGACCGAAGCACUUCUGCGCACGCGCGUCGGCGACGAGGAGCCGCUCCCGACCGCGGUCGUCGACAUGACGGCCCAGUUGGCGUCCGAGCUCAUGCGGUCGUUGCUCGUGGCGUCCAAUGCGCUCGCGCAAAAAGAGGCGACCAAAGAAGCGUAUUACAUCCAGCCCAACCACGUACUGGCAGCAAUGGACGCCUACCCCGACCUCAAGGCCAAGGCCCUCGCCCUUCCCAAGCCCGAGCUGAAGAAGAAGAAGAAAACGGAGAAGCGCGGGAAGGAUCUCUUCAAGGGUGAGUCCCGCGACGAGCUUCUCGCGGCGCAAAACGCACUCUUUGCCCAAGCCAAGGCCCAGCAAGACAUGUGAUAAUCACGAAUACCAGAUAUGUACGACUAACUAAGCUUAGAAUGUUAGUUGAUAUUGGCUGUAGUCAAAA